CUUUUCAUGUUUUCCUUACAAGGAAGAUUAUUGUUUUGGACUUCGAUGAUAAUGAAGCUUGUCUUCUUUCUUGUUCCUCUUCCUCUCAACUCUGCAGAGACUUUGUGUUCCUAGCUGUGUUCUCCGCACAGAUCAUGAGAAGCCAGUCUGUUGGUGGGAAUAUUAUGUCUCCUGGAGAAAAGCAAAUUUAAUUUGACGAACACCUUUCCAGAAUCAGUGCUUUUCUUUUUUUGAGCUUAAAACGUUAAUGAAGAUGUAAUAGUGUAUGGGAUCAGCUAAAUAAUUUUUGUUGGCCCUGUCUCGGUCAUGCAGGAUGCCAUUUGAAGAUAGAGAGGGCCGUAUGUGUGGCUUUUUGAACAUUGAAGAGACAGAGAACACUGGGACAUUUUGUCGAAGAUAUUUUGUUUUAGAUCAAAAUAAUGGAAAGCUUGUGUACUUCAUGGACAGCCCAGCUAAUCUGCCUGAGGCAUGGAGAAGUCCAGUUGGAGAAAUAUUCAUCCACAAUAUUUCAAAGGUUAGUGAUGGAUCCCAGCAACGUCCCAAGGUCCAGUUCUGCUUCACCAUUACGGUGACGGGACGUACCUACUGCCUUCAAGCUGAGACUGAGGAAGGCAAGCAGAGCUGGACACAAGCAAUUACAAACGCCAGUAAAAUCACGGUUCCCGAGAAAGCUUCCCCUCAUUCACAAGUAGAAUGGCAUGCAGGGGACAUCACUCAAGGUGGUUACAUCACUGAGAUAGCUGGAGGAGUUGUCUGCAAGUUGCCCAUCCAGGCAGCGGAAUCCGAAGGUGUGUCAGACGAGGAAGAGUCUCGGUCGUCCUCCUCCAGCACCCCUCCGUCCUCCUUCAGCCGCGGCUCGGUGCAUGCGUACCGGGACUGGGACCCCCAGAGAGAGGCUGCGCGGCCUGGUGCUGAUCAGAAACUGCAGCCCAUCCGGGCUGGCUUCUGUGUUAAACAGGGGGGUGUGAGGAAGAACUGGUUAAGGAGAUACUUCGCCCUCCAUGAGCGAGGAUUGUCAUACUUCAAAUCUGAACAUGACAAGCAGCCAUUGAGAACUAUUGCUCUGGAUGACAUCACGCAUGUACAGCAAUCCACAGACGGAUCUCAUCCUGGCAGAGACAAUCUUUUUGAAGUGAUCACGACUAAACGCACAUUUUAUGUUCAGUGCGACACGCCUGCAGAUAUGUUUGGCUGGAUACACGCUUUGGAGCAGACACUGCAACAGAAAUACACUUUCAGACACUCGCAGGUUUCUCAAGGACCAAGGGGCCAGCAGCCGGCGGGAAACAAUGACAACUACCCAAACAAAGUUUGGCUGUGAACAAAACUUGGGAGGACCAAGAUUGCACGGGGCCAUCGCUUUCUGCACACGACGAAACUGAAUAGGAAGAUAUUCAGAGAUUGAAAUAAUCAAAACGAUCGAUUGAAGUUCACUGAGCUGUGACCAGAUUGCUAAUAUGAGCUUGCCUAUUUUAACAGACGCUGUGUGAACUUUGUGAUUGUUGCCUGCUUUAACUUAUAUAACUCUGUGGUUUGAUGAUAGGUGAAUGGCAUAAUAGCUUUUUGCUUCACCUAUCCUGUGUGGCUGACAUUUUUUAGUUCCUUUAAUAGACUUACCUACCACUUUUUUCCCAUCCCUUCUAUUUUUUUCAGACUUGGCUCGUCUUUGUAUCUGCUUUUAUUUGACCUCCCCAUUCCUUUCUCCCAAAAUCUGACAGAGCCCAUAUGAUUUUUAUACUAUUACCACAGGGAUCAGUUUACUAUAUAUAGCACACUGUUCAAAUGUACUAAGCCCUGAAAACAACAUUUUUAAGAUGAGAGAAAAAAAAACUGUUUCAUUCCUUUUAACAAUUGCUCUUACAUUAUGCAUUUUUUGUUGCUGUUUUUUUUUGGGGGGGGGUUUUCCUCCAGCAUUUAGAACAUGAAUUUCAAUAACUUUGUUUGAAGACGUGAGACAUAUACCACAGAUGAGCAAAUUGCAUUGUUUAAACAUUAAACAUCUUGGGCUUAAUACAUUUGAUCUGCUAGCGGGCGUUAUGUUUUCUGCAGUGGAAAGACUCCUCUAAUUAACAAGAUCAAAAACAAGCCACAGCUUUAUGUCAGCAACAGUUUGUAGAAGUCAGCAUAACAUAGUUGUUUCACUCUCUGUUUCCCAUUAGUAUUUGGUCUCCGUGACAAAUCCUAUCAUUGUUUUCUUUUCAAGUUCUUUUAUAUUUUUGUAAUGGCUAUGGAUGACAAGACUGCAUGUUUAUUUGUGAGUAAACCCUUCGCUGUCACCUCUUAUAUACAUUUAAAUCAUUUUUUUUGUUCUUUGCUUUAGAAAGCUGUAUGUGAGUCCAUAGUUACUGAUCCGUUCAAACGAAAGAAAUCGCUCACUUUCUUAUCAGCAUUAUGUUUCUGGCUCUCCAUUUAAUCUUCCUCUCAGGUGUGCUGUUUGCUCUAUUGGUAAAAAUAUCUUCCAGUGUGGGCAGCAUGGGUUUGAAUCCUUCUUUUUUAAACCUGGGUUGUGUUUAGAGGUAUAUAUCCUUUUCACAACCAUACCAGCUUUAUGAUCUUUUCAAUGCGCUCUCAGUCUCGGACAAGGCAGUUAACGGGCUAAGGCUCACUGUCUUGCCUCCUACAUAACCUAUAUUUUGCUUAGAAGGACACAAGAUCAAACGAAAAAACAACUCAGUCUCUACAUUUCUUCUCAAGGGAGUCACUGCUAUCAAAGCCGGGGCACUUUUGUUUUCUUGGAAAAAUCUCUGUCCAGUUAUCUUGGAACUUUAACACAUCGAAUGAAUUGACUUUUAUACUGUGUGAUUUUUUAGCUUUAAUGUGAUGCAGUUCAAUGCAUUUUGAGAUAUUUUUUCCAACAUUAUUUAUUUUUACUAUGACUGUUCCUUGUAAAGAUAUUCAAGUCUGAAUUUGUGUGUUUAUAUCCCUGAGUGUUUAUGUUUACAUACACAUUUUUAAACUGUAUUGAAUAUUGUAUCAGUAAAUUUUUACGGACACCCUUGAUUGAAGGUGUUUAAAUAUUUUUACACUAAAGUAAUUUUAUACUGCAAAACCAAAUAUUUUGUAAAACCAUUGUUCAGAGUUUAUGAAGAAAGAGUAAAGAAAAUCUAUUUGGUUACUGUUGAUACAGGAGUACAUGUAUACAUUUAUCCAUGUAAGUCUUACUGAUCAACAAGGGCCUGUUCCUGAAAUGAAAACUGACAAAUGUGUGCAUGCCUGGAGAAAGGUACCACAAGAUGUAUUUGCUCGAACUGACAGGGCAAUAGAGGUCAAAAAUCGAUUUCAAAAAAAAAAAAUUGAAACCCAAUUAAAAAAUAAUUCUUUAGCCAUUUAUCUACCAAUAUUUUCAAAGCUUUGUGUUUAUUUUAUGCUAAAAAUGGAACUAUGAAGAUAUUUUUUUUUAGGGAAAGUUAUCUUAUGAAAUAACAAAGUUUGUGUGAGAACAUUUGCUAUCACAUUUAUUCAUAUCAUAAAAACAAACCACAUCACUCCGCAUACCAAAGUUCGGGUCAGCCUGUGACCUUUCUCGAGCUGUCAGUUGUGCAGGAAUGUAUCAAAACAGUAAGGGGUGUCAAGUCUUGAGCAUUUGUACCCAAUAUUCCGCUUCUUGAGCAAAGCCACAAAAUCACUCUUCAAAAUACAAGUGCGUUGUCACACUUCAAGAGCAAAGCAAAAUCAUUUUGGAAAAUGUCUAGGUUUAUUUGUGUACGAGUUUGCUUUUAAAAGCGGUUUAAUGAUAAUUUAAAACUGUUUUGUAGUCUCAAACUGUUUUUUUAAAGUUGCACUGUGACUGUGAGUUGUAAUUGUGUUGUCUAGGGUUUGGAAGACUAACAACAUGGCUGGCUGAUUGAUUGAUGUUCAAUUAUGAUAUUCAUUUUGAGAAGACCUAGAUCCAGAUCUAGGGGAAACUUUAAAGGCAUUUUUCUCAAUCUAAACUUUGUUUCCGCACCCUACCUAACGAUGUUAACCAAACUUCACAAAGUAUAGGAACUGUCUGAAAGAUUUAAAAAAACAUGUUUUUCAGAAAUAAUUUUUUAAAUCUGAAAGUGCAAUGAAGUGCAAUUCUUCAAAAUGCGUCAUACAGGACCUUUCACCAGGCACACACAUACAGAUGAUGGUGGUAGGUUUUCUUUCCUCUGUUCAGCUUGAAUUUAUGCGACUUUAUUUAACAGGAUAGGAUAUUCAAUGAAACGUGAAUUUGAUGUUUUAUAUUUCUCUUUUUUCUUACUUGACUCGACUAUCUUUUAAUCUUUGGUUUAUUAUUAGUAUUGGUUUUAUUUUUGAUUUUGUUACUGUUUGUUUAUAUAUUUUAUUUUGUUAUCAAUAUUAUUAAUAUGCACCCUGUAUCCCACUAUGGAUUCUUUAUUACUUUUGAGUUCAUGUUGGACCUCUCGUAGUGGACAGUUUCAUCCUGAAAAGUUUUUUUUUUUGUUUGUAAUACUUGUUUCUUUACUUUUUUUUUUCUAAUGGGUUUAUUUGUUGUGUCAUGAAAAUGCGUUGCUGGUUAACCCCUUUGUUGCCAGGGAGUGUGCGUUCCUACUGUUAGGACUAAUUUUCAGCUAAGCUUGUUAACCAGGACAGUAGUCUCAUUUCUCAAUGUUUCUGGACUUGUCGUCUGAAUCUAGCCCACUCAUGACAUUUAUUGGGACGCCGUGUCUUCGAUAGUGUCACUUUGCUUGCUUUCCUCAUCCCCCUAUAAUCCCCAUUUUACCCAUAAUUUAGUCAAACUUGCAAAUCUGAGUCAAAAAGUAAAAUAUGCUUCCUUUUUUUAAAGUCAGUCUAGUGUUUAGGUUUUGCGAGAAUACUCGUUCGACUGCAAAACUAGACUUGUGUUGGACUUUGUGCUGUUGAAGCUAGAGAGGUGAGCAGAGUAAGCCUGAUUCCCUGUAAGGACUUCUCUGUUGACAUUCACCCCUUGGCGCUCAUAUGACCUUAUGCAAUUGCGAGCGCCGUAAAACCUCUACUAAGACACACAAGACUUGUGUUUGUCAAUAGUUUGCAAGUUUAGUGGUAACCUAAUACUAUAAAAUUGGUACCGAUAGUCGCGUUUUUAAAUUCCCAAAUACGAAUCCACACUGUGCUUGUGGGUAAAUCUCAGUAUAGAAGAAUUAGAGCCAGAUGAUAAGCAGGACAUACAUGCAAUGUCAAGCUCACUCUUUAUGACACCGAGAUACGAUCAAUAUUUCACCAUUGUCAUACCUUCGGACACUAAUCCUAAUCCUGUGCUAUGAUAUGUUUGCAACAUCAUCAUAGGUCUAUACAAGGAGGAGAAAUAUAUGUUUCAUACACAUGGAGGGGGGGGGGGUAUGGUGUCGGCUGUUUUUGUGUGAAAUUUAAAAGAAAAUGAUGUAUUAAUAGUAGGAAAAUUGGAACCUCCCUGUGCAUCUUCAUUUUCAUGCACACAAACGCAUACAUACAUACAAACUUUUUUUUUCUUUAAUCCACUCCCUUCAUGUCCACUUGAUUUGUUAAUAAAUAUUGUGGCAGUUCUAGU